AUGGCCGCAAAACUUUCGUUUCCUCAGCUUCGAGAUCUUUUUCCAGACAAAAAUAGCGUUCUCAUAUAUCCUGAUGAUUUUCUUGACGAUGAUGAUGAUGAUGAGAAUAAUAAUAAUCAUGGGAAUGAUGACAAAACCAUAUUACUGGAAGAUCUGGUGGACCGCCACUCUGGACACUUUUCUGAUCGGCGGAUAGUCGUACUUUUUCGACCUGGAGUCUACAACAAUAUAAACUUUCCUGUUGGUUACUGGACCCAAGUCAUGGGGCUAGGCGAGACUCCUAUGGAUGUUGAGUUUCGUGGGUCUCUGGGCGUUUAUUGUUUGCCAGCAAACACUGACAAUCCUGAUGUUGGCUCGUUAGAUACAUUCUGGCGGUCAGCCGAGAACUUUACUUCCAACACCUCAUUUCUUCGCGGGCCACAAGGCCAACCAAGCGUUCCAAUAGUUUCAGAAGGCAACGACAUUCAAAAAAGCCUACGACCCCCAUUCAAAGCUUUUUAUCCGUUGCCUUCUCUUGAUGGAGACUCCUCACCACAGGAAGGCAUGUUGUGGGCAGUCAGCCAGGCAGCGCCAUUGCGCCGAAUUCGUGUCAAACAUAACUUGCAUCUCUCGCUUGGGAAUAAUUGCGCAAGUGGGGGAUUCAUGUCGAAUGUUGAUGUUGGCCAAACGGUUUUGUUCGGGUCUCAACAGCAGUUCUGUGCCCGCAAUUGCGCAUUCGAGACCAAGACUGGAGGUGCCUGGUCAAUGGUACUUAUGGGCUGCACAUCCGAUACAGGCCGUCAUGGUGAUUGGGUUGGAAGGCGGCCACAGAUUAUUGACGAACCACAUCCUUCGGAUGGUGUAGUCAUCGAGAAACCGUUCCUGUUCCUAGAUGAAAGCUCCAAAUUGCAUCUAGGUAUUCCACGAGCACGAUCUGGCACCAAUGGCACGAAUCACGAAGCAAUGUCCAGCAUGGAAAGGGUGAUGGUUGACAAUCUCAAAUUCGUUCGAGUAUUUACUCAAUACGAUGACGUUGCUGUCAUCCAGGAAGCUACGAAUGCAGGGAUACAUAUCGUGCUUUGCCCCGGGAUUUACAAUUGGCAGAAGUCCUUAGUCAUCUCUAGGCAUCAUCAAGUCGUGCUCGGUUUAGGGAUGGCCACCAUUCAGGCACCAGGGGACGGAUCUCCGUGCAUCAUGGUUCAAUCUGGAUUGCAUGGUGUUCGUUUAAGUGGUGUUGCCCUGGAGGCCAGUGUCAUCUCAAAAUUUAUAUUCGAGGGAUCAACCCUCCUCCAGUGGGGUACGCCAGACGAUGUAGGAAGGGCGCCGACAAAGGAGAGUAACGCUCAACCAUCAGCAAUUCAUGACUUGUACUGCUUUGUGGGUGGCCGUCGCUCGGAAAGGACUGUCAAGGUGCAAUGCAUGGUAAAAAUAUACUCUAGCAACGUGAUCGGAGAUAAUUUAUGGCUUUGGAGAGCGGACCAUUGCGUAUUGAUGCAGAAGGAAGCUCCAAACAAACCAGAGCUAAGCGAGUACCAUGUUACCACCGAAGGAGAGUGUCAAUGUGAAACUGGAUUGGAAGUGUAUGGGGAUAAUGUCACCAUCUAUGGUCUUGCCGCGGAACACACAACUGGUGAUAUUGUCUCAUGGCAUGGUCGGCACGGCAGGGUUUAUUUCUACCAAAGCGAGUUGCCCUAUGACGUGAUCGGGGCAAACUAUUCUGACGAUGUGUGUGGAUACCGUGUACACAUCGGUGCAGAUCACCACAUUGCAAAAGGUGUUGGCGUGUACAGCUAUUUUCGAGAUUGUCCAAACGUUGAAGUCAAGUCUGCGGUGUCCCACCACGCACUCUUUGGUAGCUACAGCAAUGUCUUUACGGUUUGGUUGAAUGGAUUCUCGGGGUUGAAAAGCGUAAUAAAUGGUAAGGGGUCAGUUACCAGCACACCGGGAAACCCGCACUUUGUGGAACAAUACGAAGGCGAAAAUAUAUGGAGUGGACGACUGUGGUCGGGACUAUGGAAAAAAGUUACCAAGGAAAUUUGGAAGAAGAAGUCGUAG